AUGUCUACAGCAGAGGAAUAUAAAGCAGAAGGUAACAAGUACUUUGCCGCCAAAGAAUUCGAAAAAGCAAUUGAAUCAUUCACCAAAGCCAUCGAAGUCCUGCCAACUCCAAAUCAUGUUCUUUAUUCUAACCGUUCAGGGUCUUAUGCUUCCUUAAAGAACUUCACAAAGGCACUUGAAGAUGCCGAAGAAUGUGUCAAGAUUAACCCAGCUUGGGCAAAAGGAUACAAUAGAGUCGCCAGUGCUCAAUUCGGAUUGGGCAAUUUGGAAAAUGCUAAAGAUUUUUAUCAAAAAGCUCUUGAUUUAGAUCCCAACAAUGGAAUGGCCAAAGACGGACUCAAAUCAGUCGAACAGGCUAUUGAAGGUAGAAAUUCUCAAGCUGAUAUGGGAUUAGGUGCAAUGUUUGCUGAUCCUAAUCUUAUUACUAAAUUGAAGAACAAUCCAAAGACUGCUGAAUUAAUGAAGGAUCCAGAAUUGGUUCGUAAAGUAUUAAAUCUUCAAACUAAUCCUAGAGGAAACGCCGGUCAAUUAUUAAGUGACCCUAGAUUGAUGACUAUUAUGGCUGCGGUAAUGGGUAUAGAUAUGGAUUUACCUGAUAUGCAAGAGCCAAGCUCAUCUGCUCCAACUACUGGAGAACCAAAGACUGAAGAACCAAAGCAAGAAGCACCAAAGAUGGAAGAACCAAAGCCAGAAGAAUCAAAAGCUGCACCUGCUGCCGAAGAAGCCGAACCAGAAGAUGUCGUAAUGGAAGAUGCUGAAACUGAUCACAAAGCAGAAGCUGAUGCUGCUAAAGCUGAAGGUAAUACCUUAUAUAAACAAAAGAAAUUCGAUGACGCGAUUGCAUGUUAUGACAAGGCUUGGAAUUUACACAAGGAUAUCACAUACUUAAAUAACCGUGCUGCUGCUGAAUACGAGAAGGGUGAUUAUGAUGCUGCUAUUGUUACAUGUGAAAAGGCAAUUGAUGAAGGUAGAGACAUAAGAGCUGAUUAUAAAUUAAUUGCCAAAUCUUUUGCUAGAUUAGGUAAUGUUUAUUUAAAGAAAGACGAUUUAGAAAAUGCUGUUAAAUAUUUCGAUAAAUCUUUAACCGAAUUCAGAACGCCAGAAGUCUUGAAUAAAUUACGUGCCACUCAACGUGAAAUCAAACAAAGAGAUGCACAAGCAUAUAUCGACCCAGCUAAGGCUGAAGAAGCUCGUUUGGAAGGUAAAGAAUACUUCACGAAAGGAGAUUGGCCAAAUGCUGUUAAAGCCUAUUCUGAAAUGAUCAAGAGAGCACCUGAAGAUGCUAGAGGUUAUUCUAAUAGAGCUGCAGCAUUGGCUAAAUUAUUAUCUUUCCCAGAUGCAGUUCAAGAUUGUAAGAAAGCAAUUGAAAAGGAUCCAAAUUUCAUUAGAGCCUAUAUUAGAAAAGCCAAUGCUGAAUUGAUGAUGAAGGAAUAUUCUCAUUGUAUGGAUACAUUAAAUGAAGCUCGUGAAAAGGAUUUAGCUUUGGGAAGUAAGAAUAUUAUUGAAAUCGAUCAAUUGUUUAAUAAAUGUAUCUCACAAAGAUUUCAAGCAAUUGAAGGUGAAACCCCCGAACAAACUAUGGAAAGAGUUUCUAAGGAUCCAGAAAUUGUUUCAAUUUUACAAGAUCCUGUUAUGCAAGGUAUUUUACAACAAGCUAAAGAUAAUCCAGCAGCUUUACAAGAUCAUAUGAAGAACCCUGAUGUUUACAAGAAGGUUAAUAUGUUGAUCGCUGCUGGUGUCAUUCGUACUAGAUAA